ACUUCAGUGUCUCCAACAAAUGAGAAACCAAUUGCUGAGGUGAUUUCAGGAACAGUUCAAGAUUACAAUGACACCGUCACAGUCUGCAAUGAAGCCUGGAAGACCUGGGUCGAUGUACCACCUCCUCUACGUGGUGAAAUAAUACGACAGAUUGGACAUGCGUUAAGAGAAAAGAAGACUCAAUUAGGGAAAUUGGUUUCUUUGGAGAUGGGUAAGAUAUUACCUGAAGGAGAAGGAGAGGUUCAAGAAUACAUAGACAUUUGCGAUUAUGCAGUUGGAUUAUCCAGAAUGAUUGAGGGGAAGGUUCUUCCAUCUGAACGACCUGGUCAUGCUCUCAUAGAAAUGUGGAAUCCUCUUGGUACGAUUGGCAUCAUCACUGCUUUCAAUUUUCCUGUGGCAGUGUAUGGUUGGAACAAUGCUAUAGCAAUGGCUUGUGGUGAUACCAUGAUAUGGAAAAGUGCAGGAACAACUCCUUUGACUAGUAUAGCUAUAAUUAAAAUUUUAUCAUCUGUUUUAGAGAAAAAUAAUUUGCCUGGAGCCAUUUGUUCUUUAAUUUGUGGGGGACCUGAUGUUGGUGAAAGUAUGACAAAUGAUACACGAUUGCCAUUGAUAUCAUUUACUGGAAGCACUCAAGUUGGAUUGAAAGUGGCACUGAAUGUUCAGCAAAGAUUUGGGAAAACAAUUUUAGAAUUAGGAGGAAACAAUGCAAUUAUUAUUGCAGAUGAUGCUGACAUAAAGAUGGUGGUGAGCUCUGCUCUCUUUGCUUGCGUUGGUACUGCUGGUCAAAGGUGUACAACAACCCGAAGAAUCAUUGCUCAUGAAAAGGUAUAUGAUGAAGUCCUAGAUAGAUUAAAGAAAGCAUAUUCCCAAAUUAGAGUGGGAGAUCCACUUGAAUCUGGAACGAUGUAUGGACCUCUUCAUACGAAACAGGGAGUUAAUGAAUAUCUUGCAGCCAUUGAAGAGGCAAAGAAACAAGGUGGAGUCAUUGAAUAUGGUGGAAAGAAAAUUGAUAGAGAAGGAAAUUUUGUAGAACCCACAAUUGUAUCUGGUUUAUCACAUGAUGCAAACAUUGUUCACAAAGAGACAUUUGCUCCAAUUGUUUAUAUUUUGAAAGCUAAAAGCGUUGAUGAAGCUAUAGCUUGGAAUAAUGAAGUCAAACAAGGUCUUACUAGCAGUAUCUUUACAGAAAAUCUUGGAAAUGUGUUUAAGUGGAUUGGUCCCAAAGGUUCUGACUGUGGAAUUGUCAAUGUCAACAUACCCACCAGUGGAGCAGAAAUAGGUGGUGCCUUUGGAGGAGAAAAGCAUACUGGUGGUGGAAGAGAAAGUGGCAGUGAUUCUUGGAAGCAGUACAUGAGACGAUCCACUUGCACUAUCAAUUACAGUAAAGAACUUCCCUUAGCUCAGGGAAUCAAAUUUGAAUGAAGAUGGGAUGAAUGAAUUGUCAAGUCCUGCCUUUCAAUCCCUUUAAAGGUAUAACAACAGUGCCUUGAAAUCUGUGUUAAAAUAUUUUUUUAUCUGUGUUAAAUAUAUUUAAAAAAAAUUUUUUUUUUUUUAAAAUACAAAAACCAAAACUAUUUUUUCACUUGUUAAAACUUUUUAUGGUUUAUAAGCAGUUUUUGCCAUUUAAAAAUCAUGCCAAAAGUUCCAAAUUUUGGUGAACUGCCAAAAUUUUUGUAAUGUUUUUGAAAUUAAAUAUAUUCAAUGAUUACAAAA